UAGUAUUACACUUUCAAUACACAGGAAGUUGUUGGGCAUUUUCUGCAGUAGCAGCUGUGGAAGGCAUUAACCAAAUCAAAACUGGAAAAUUGGUGUCACUAUCAGAACAAGAGCUUGUGGACUGCGAUGUCAAAACUGGGAAUGAAGGCUGCAAUGGUGGAUACAUGGAAAAAGCGUUUAGUUUCAUAAAAGAUAACGGACUCUCCACUGAAAAGGAUUAUCCUUACAAAGGAUCAGAUGGCAUAUGUGAUGAAGAUAGUUUGAAAAACAGUGCUGUGAACAUAAGUGGCUAUGAAAGCAUACCUGCCAAUAGUGAGAAAAGCCUCCAAGCAGCAGUUGCACACCAACCUGUCUCUGUUGCAGUUGACGCUGCCGGUUAUGCUUUUCAAUUCUAUUCUUCAGGUACCUUCACUGGCCAAUGUGGAAAGAAUCUCAACCACGGGGUCACAGCAGUCGGCUAUGGGGAAGAUAGUGGUAAAAAGUACUGGAUUGUAAAGAAUUCUUGGGGUCCUGACUGGGGUGAAUCUGGUUAUAUAAGAAUGACACGUGAUUCGGUUGAUAAGAAAGGUACCUGCGGCAUUGCCAUGCAGGCUAGCUACCCUGUUAAGGGUUGAGCAGUGUUGAUGGGAAAUUAACCUUUUCUAGAAGUACAAUAGAAAGGUAGCUAAACAAGUUCCUUUCAUAUAGUAAUUUCAUGUAAAAUCAAGGUAAAAUAUGCAAGUGUGGAAUUCCAAUAAAUAACAAGUAAGGUUUAUAUUAUACAAAGAAAAGAGG